UAGGUUACUGAUUAGUGUAUGCGUCCGAUGACUGGCUCGGGUGUACUCUUAGGUUUACGCCGACGCGUCGGGACUUCUGGAUUUAAGUAGUACCUUCCUCUUUACGCACGGCAUAUAAACUCCUCGUAAUUUCUUUUUUUAUUUGGGGGAAUUUUCAGACAGUUUAUUGAUAUGAUUAUGCAAAAACCUGAGGAAUUAUAUGGCAUUAUUAAAGCAAAAUUCUGGGUACUAUUCAAGAAGGGUGGUCCCGGUGCGCACCCGCGCUAGCGAGUCGUGACUAGUCGAUCCUUCGACGACUACCUAGCGUGAAUGCGCAAAACAUGUAUGAGGGGUUUUUUUUAAACAAAGUAAAUCCAAUUUCCUAACCCAACACUUUUUACGGAAACUGCCGAAUUAUAUGUAAAUAAAGAGAUGACAACAACAAAAAAAGGACUAGUAUCGAAAGAUCGCCAAAAAACCUCAUACAUGUUUUGCGCAUGACGCGCACUCACGCUAGGAUCGACUAGUCACGACUAGCUAGCGCGGAUGCUUGAUGGGAGAAUGCGGUACUGGAAGGUCUAUAAACGGAGGAUCUAGACUGCCCCCAUGUCGUGGGGAUUGAUCGGGACUGGAUCUUAGACCAACUGGUUAACCCUUCAGCAGAAAGAACCAAGAUUAUUGUAUGGCUGCUGGGGAUGAUUGAACCAACAAUGCUGGUUUCCAUCGACACCACAGCUCGCUUUGAUAAUGAGAGCCAGAGGAAAGAUCUGUUGAUGCUGCUCUCAUCCCUGGGGUUCUGUGCACCUGAUAGAAUGGACUUAAUAAAGGGUACAGCUUCGAAAAGGGAUCAGCUCCAGUUGUUCUCUCUCCUCUUGGACAUCGUUGAGGUCAGCCAUAGUAAAGAUCUCCCGUCAGACUUGGACAAUGAAUGGCAAAAACAAGACCAAUUUGUGCAGCAGAUUGCCACCCAUCCAACCAUUAUGAAGAGUCUGCUCUCUCACAAGGUCAAUCUCCUGCCACCAGAAGUUGGGGCUCGCAUUAUGAAAACUCAACAUAGGAACCCUGAAGAUUUGUCAAAGAAUAAAAUAUCUGAUCUGGUGAAAGGGUAUGAAAAUACUUUGGAGACACUCCAGGAGGAGUUAGCAGUGAAAUCCCAGGAGUUGGAGGUGAUCAAGGCUACGUAUGUCUAUAAUCCGUUCACAAGCGAAGAACUGACCGAAGUCUGCCACAAGCUCGACGUAAUGGUCACCAGUAUGAAUCACCACCUGGAGAAAUUCCACACCUGUUACGACAACGAACUGGUCUCCUGGUGCCGUAUGCCCGACACUCCACCAACCGAACUAGGUACCAUCUUGGAUCGGUUGUAUACCAAGAUGGACUCUUUUGCAUUGAUGAUGGAGACUUUUGAAGGCAUUCGUGCCACCACGCUGCAGUUGGAAGACUUGGAUACUGCGAAACCAGGCCAUGACACCAUGCUGAAAACUGCCAGUGACUCAUUCUUUCUGACCCUGAAAGAUUUCCUAAAACAAAUUGCUGUGCCCGCUGUCGAAGAUCAAACUGCUGAUAGUUAUCUUUCUGUGUGAUAACGGAAUGUUC